UUUUUUUUUUUUUUUUUUUUUUUUUUCAGUUCAAAACGUAGAAGAUACAAUUUGUCUCUCUUAACUUCCAUAUAUAUUCAGCAAAGAAGCCGACUCAAAAUUCAAAGAUUGUGUUGAGCGUUAACAUCCUACCUGUAUUGUAUAGCUAUAUACUGAUACAUAUAGAUGCAAAAAGUUGUAUGAAAUAUACUAUUUGAUCGAGAACGAAGAAAUCUCACAAAGAAGAAAUACUUUUCUUUUCCAAGAAUGGAUGCUUUGGGUUUGAAGGCAGGUAUUCGUGGAAUUGUGCCGCCACUCGCCGUCCUGGGAAAUGGGAUGCUGGAUGUACCUGUGGGCCAACCUUCCAAAAUAAAUGCAUUGGGACCGGCGGCACCACCAAGGAAUUCGCCGUCGGGGUUCGCUUUAAGGUACCCAUUCAGAUCUCUAUGGCCUGGAGGCAAGAAUCGGUGCGAGCCGGCAAUUGCUGUGGACGACGGCGUUUUGGUGGAGGAAAAAGAAGAGAACAGAAGUGAAGAAGGAGACUCGGAAGGGGAAAAUGGGAAUUGGGUAUUAAAGAUUUUGCGUGUGAGGUCCCUCCGGAAAGAAGGGGAAAGAGAUCGUAAAUUGGUUGAAGAAAUGGGGAUGAAAUUAGAAGAUGACAAUAAAAAUGGGGGAAUGAAUGCAAAUGAUGAAAGGAAAGGGGAUUGUUGUAACGAAAAUGAAGAUUGUGAUGUGUGUACAAUUGAUGGAGAAGAUGAUGAAAAGAUAGAAUUCAAUAGAGAAUCAUUUUCAAAGCUGCUUAAGAAAGUUCCCUUAGCAGAAGCUAGAUUAUAUGCUCAAAUGUCUUAUUUGGGAGCUUUAGCUUAUUCCAUACCCCAGAUCAAGCCUAAGAACCUUCUGAGAUUUCUUGGACUACGGUUUGUAACUUCGUCGUUAGAAAAGAAAGAACAAGAAUUGAAAGCUGAGAAAGAGAAGGCAUCGGUUGAAGACCAACAAAAAGAAGAGAAGACACCUGAUGAAGCUCGGGUUGCUGAAGGAAAUGUAAUGGCAGAAAGUGGCAUGGAGAAUCCUAAUAGGAAGCAGAUAAAUGCAUCUGCUGCUUAUGAGAUUGCUGCUUCUGCUGCUUCAUAUUUGCAUGCUCAUACGGAGAGCAUUCUUCGCUUUAGACAAUCCAAAUCCAUGCCGAGUAAUAAUUUUCUUGAAGAAACAAAAUGUCGAAUGGACAACGUCAACGUGAUGAACGGGGAUGUAGCUUCAUUAAUGGCUACCACUGACUCGGUGACGGCAGUGGUUGCUGCGAAGGAGGAAGUAAAGCAGGCUGUUGCGGAUGAUUUAAACUCUACAAAGUCAUCACCUUGUGAAUGGUUUGUGUGCGAUGACGAUCAGAGUGCGACAAGAUUCUUUGUCAUUCAGGGAUCUGAGUCACUGGCAUCAUGGCAGGCCAAUCUACUCUUUGAGCCUGUUAAGUUUGAGGGACUAGAUGUGCUCGUGCACAGAGGUAUAUAUGAGGCUGCAAAGGGGACCUACGAGCAGAUGUUGCCUGAAAUUCAUGCACACCUAAAAUCUCAUGGAGAACAUGCCAAAUUUCGAUUCACUGGACACUCUCUUGGUGGUAGUUUAUCAGUACUCAUAAAUCUCAUGUUGCUAAUAAGGGCUGGAGUACCUGUUUCUUCAUUACUUCCUGCUAUAACUUUCGGUGCACCAUCGAUUAUGUGUGGAGGAGAUCGUCUCCUACGAGACCUCAGAUUGCCUCGAAAUCAUGUCCGAGCAAUCACAAUGCACAGAGACAUUGUUCCCCGAGCUUUCUCUUGCAAUUAUCCGGAUCAUGUAGCAGAGUUUCUUAAGGCUGUAAAUGAAAACUUCCGCAAUCUUCCAUGUCUUAAUAACCAGAAGCUGUUAUAUGCUCCAAUGGGGGAGUUUUUAAUUCUUCAACCGGAUGAGAAAUUUUCUCCCAGCCAUGAUCUUCUUCCUUCAGGGAGUGGUUUGUAUCUAUUAAGCUGCUCAGUAUCAGACGUUGAGCCAGAAAGGCUAAUCCGGUCUGCACAGGCUGUGUUUUUGAGCUCACCACAUCCACUUGAGAUACUGAGUGAUCGAGCUGCAUAUGGUUCUGAAGGAACCAUUCAAAGAGAUCAUGACAUGAACUCAUACUUGAAAUCUGUACGUAAUGUUAUUCGCCAAGAGCUCAACCGGAUAAGAAAAGCCAGAAGAGAACACCGUAGGAAACUCUGGAGGCAGCCCAUUGCACCGCAUGGAGUCAAUGCUGGUAUUAUCGUGAGUCGUCCUGUUGCAUCCGAUAACAUGGGUCGAGGUCAGUUCAACUUCUCUAGCGUAGUACAAACUGGUCGAGAGACUUGGAAACGCUUUAGUAGGUUAGUUGCAUCACAACACAUGCAUUUGCUUGUCGUGCUUUUGUUUUCUACGAGGCUGCUAAUGUUGGGAACGGAUAGUUUGAUCAGCUUUCAUUGAUGAAGCAAGUUGGUCAGUUGGUGUUUCGCAUUGAAACUGAACGUCGUACAAUGAUGGGACGACUGGCUGGUAGUAGUAAACGAUUAUUUAUUUGUUACGAUUAAAUCAACUCAUGUUCCCUGGACAGGGAAAUUGCAAAAUUGCAUGUAUAAGAAAGAAGUAAUUUACAUCAAUGUUUGUUUCGAUCUAUGGAUAUUUAUAUUUUGUAAAGGUAGAAGUGAGCCAUUGCGUAGUACUAAACAUUAUAUUAUGUUUACCUGUAACCUUUAUUUCUCAAUCAAUGGAGCAAUUGAUAUGAAAACAGCCAAAGUUCAUGCCUAA